CUGCACUAGUGGUGGAGUUACGACAUUUUACGACCUCACGUCUGUCAUUAAUUAGCACCUUUUCUACUGGUUAAUAAUGUUAGACAUUGACAUAAAGUUGUACAUUUAAAGUCGAGUUAAUAUUUAAAGUACCUUGCAGAUAAACGCCGUGCCUCUUGACCGCUGGGUGUGGAAUGAGGAGACUCUGGAGUUUGUAAGGCCCUCACCAACAGAGAAACCUGUGGUGAGGAAAAGAAGACAAAGCAGUGGCAGUUUCAACGAGCUCAUACAGAAAGCAGAAUGGUUAGCUGAAAUGCACAUAUCGAACCAUAGAGGGCGCCAGAGCUCCAGAAAGAGCCUGAACUCUGCUCAUUUGACUGCUUACAGGUCCAUGGUGAUGCAGAAGCAAGAGGAUCAUGUCACCAUUGAUGAUGUGAAACAGGUGGCUGUCAGUUUGCUACAAGAGAAUUAUCCCAUCCCCAUUCCAUCCUGCUUCCUGACUAUCCUGAAGAGUAAAGCACUUGAUGAAGUCCUGAGUUCACUUCUCUGGUACAUGUCUUGUUUUUUUGAGCAUAAGUCUCUGGAGAAUAAACCCAACCCAUUAAUGGUUUUAGACAAUAGGAAAGAGAACCAGAUAAUGGCACAGAGUUUAGCCAUAAAGGACCAUGCUCAAAAGAAGCUGGCUGUUUGCUACUUUACUCUAAUCAUGGACCUAGAGAUGGGACAACAUCAACACAUUUCAUUUCACAAGGGUAGGAUGUCAUCAGAUAGCACAGAGUGGCUUCUACAAGCGUGUUUGUAUACUUUCUUCUGCUACGUGGCCUGGGUGACAUUUGGCAGGAAGGACCUGAAGGACAUCCACGAGGAAGUCGGGAGGCUUUUGUACUCCGACAUCUUCAAUACUGCCGUGAGGAACAGGAAUGAUGGGUACUCGAGAAGGACUUCCAACGUUAUUAAUGGUUCAGCGAAGGUGACAGGAGCUGACCCUAAGGAGACGGGAUGGAAUAGUACACUCAAGCAGCGAUCCUCCCACAGACGUCCAGCUCUGAACAGCGUAGUUAAUCAGUGCUCCCCACUGAUGGUGUCUUUGCUGCCCUCACCCAAAGAGCAGUCACCUCAUUUGUUCCUCCGCAGCAGGGUCAGGUCAGAGAAAGUGUUGCAGGCCAAAAACUGUGAAACCCAGGCCCUGAAGGAGGUGCUGAAUCAGCAGGCGACUACUACCAGCAUUGGGAUUCUUGGCAGACCGCUGAAGCAGUUGAACCCCACCACCCUGAUACCCUACGGAGAACAGAGAAACAACAAAGACAAAGACUGGGAUAAAGCACCAGGAAAUGACAGCCAGUACCAGUAGUGAGGGACACUCUGGCAAACGCAUUCAACUCAACAUACAAAUUGCCUGGUAUUUACCUCACAGACACUACAAACCUCUCAAAUACCAUAUAGCGAUGACCUCUGCUGCUGAACAACUUCUGUGUCUGCGCUGUAAAAAAAAGACAGGAUGUCACGAGCGUGCAUUCGUUUGCAUAACCUACAAGGUCAGUGACAAAGGGACAGAUUCAGGUAGGGGUUGAAGUUUUCAGUCUGGUUUUUUUCAUGUGUGUCAUUUGCAAAAGUCCUUCCCUGGAUUGUCAUCACUUCCACUAUGUUUGUGCCUCUGAAUUUAAAUCAGUUUCCUAUUUGCCAGCUGGUGGUGCUGUUGAAUAAAAUAUAAUGAAAUCCAUAACUUUGAAGGUCUUCACUUUCUAUAGAGUCUGAAAGAUAUUCAGAUCACAUAUGAAAAUGAAGAAGUCCGGUUCGUCACAUGCAUAAUUCACACCGUAUAAUCUAUGUUUGUGAAGUCAAAUUAUACACUCCUCACACUUAUUUAUUUGUCGUCCCAUCAGUGUUCCCUUUUUUAUUCAGAUCGUUGAUGGCUCCUUUUUUUUUUCUUUCUCAGAGAUGCAUUGUAAGUUCUGUGGAGCCUUGUACCGGACUUAUAAAAAAAAAAAAAAAACUGGCCCCAGAAAUGUACACACCGCUCUCUAACCAGGCCUGGUAGCAGAAGAGGCUUUGCCUUCGCCCUAAUUGGCUGUGUAAUCUGGGACACCAAGAGUAGAGUUAAGCCCUCUGUGAAGGAGAGGGAGGAGGUCUGGGAAGCUGCUGUCUUACAGUGGGGGAUGGGUUUAGGGAUAUAUUAGGUUUUCUUCAUUUGAAUUACUUUUUUUUCACACUUAAAACAAUUAAAUUAAAUUAAAUAGUCCCUUGUUUGAUAUUUGUUUCUAUUAAAGUCAUCAAGGAUAAAGAUUUGAUUAGUGCAAAGGAAAUGGUUCAGUUCAGCUGGGGCUUCUUAUUUUUCUCUUCCUCUGCUAUCUCCAGUCACCGAUGACUACUUUCACUUCUUCUCCGUCUGCUCCCUUGUUCUCCUUGUCUUAUUUCUCCACUGUAUUGUGUGUAAUACCAGGCGAGCAGUCACUCACUUGACAGAGUGAAGCCUGUCUUAUCACUUAACAGGUCCUUUUCUUUGGCCAGACUGAAUAAUCAAAGAGGUGUUACUCAAGCCCUUGAGCACAAACUACUUCUGUAAUCAUUCAUGGUGUGCUGUAUGAAUUACAAGAAAAGGCUGUUCUAACUACUGCCUUAACUACAUGUGGUUACGCCUUGGAUGUGAGACCAUAAUUGCAACGUGUAUAUAACUGGAUCGCCCCCUUCCAUUGGUGAUGUAAGACUUAUUUGUCAAAAAGAAAAUACUCUAUACUUUUCACUUCCUUUGAUAAUAUAAAUAUAAGUAGUUCAAAGCCCAGUAGAUGUUAAAUAGACCUGUUUUUCACAUGAUUUUGUCUCUGGAGCCAAAAAUUUUAAUCCCUAUAAUGUCUUUACUCUCAAAACGGCAGCAUCUUUUUUGGGGAGAAAAAAAAGUGCCAUAUAAAAAGAUGGGGUUUUUUUUCGUUUUUUAUAAUCUCAAGUUUCAUUAAUUCUAAGUACCUCUGACACCAAGGUCUGUAAAGUCUCCACAUAAAAGCAGCACACUGAUUAGUUAUUGCAAACAUAUGCUUGUUAGUCACUCUUCAGAUUACUUUAAGUGGCAUCUUUUCCUCCAGCACUGGCAUUAAGGUUACAAAUUGCAAUCUGUCAUGGUAGAGAAAGCCUAAUAAGGAUAGGAUUGCAUUUCGAAAAAUUCAGCAGUUGAGUAGAGGAAAAAUGUUAGCCUAAUUUGCGCAGAUAUCGAGGUUUUAAGUACCGUUUAACAAGUGCAAAGACUUAGACGAAUUAAAGGAAAAACAUAAAACAGGUGUUGCAGAGUUUACAGACCAUCUGCAAACUCUACGAGAGGGAUGAACACCAUUCCUGCAAAAGAUUCCCUCAUUUGGUGUUUAAUGAUGGGGGUGAA